AUGGCCAUCGCCGUCGUCGUCCCAGACAGCCAGUGUGACCAGGAGAGGCCUGAGCUGGGGAUGAACCGCGCCGUGCUGCUGGAGGUGUUCUUCGCGAGCGCAGCGAGUGGCAUUGGAACUAUCGGGUUUGUCUGGGCGACUGUUGUCCUCCUCGGUGGCUUUGAGACUGAGCUGAAUCAGGUGGACUUUUGGUUCAUCACGGCCCUAAGCUUCUUUCAAGCCAUUCGGCUAUUUGGUGGCGACUGGAACGCUGACCAAAAGAUCCUUUUCGGGCUACCACUAGAUGCUCUUUCCCAGCCUAAAGCAAACGGUUGCUCGUUUCUUUUAUGUUGCCUCAACUAUGCCUCCUGCUACACUCCCAAGUUGAGCUGCCUUCUCUUCUCCGGGAAGGUCGUGUGCAUCUUUUCAGCGUUCCUUGUUCGUUUCUUGAAAUUCGUAGUGAUUCUUGGCACCCUAAUUCUGUCGGUAGCUCGGCUGAUCCUUGGCAACGUGGCUCCCCACGCCGAAGCUGCCAACCUGAAAUCAGCAUUCAGUCUGUACUACGGCUUGUCGAUUGUGCAGGCCGUGGUAUCCUACAUGGCAUUCUCGUACUCUCAUGCUCAGCAAGACAUGGUCCAGGACAUCCGUGACAAAUACAACUUUGCAGCCGGAGACGUGGAAGACGAGCCGUUCCUGGUGUACUACGCCCACCUCAAGAAGAUCUGCAAGGCUGGGGGCAUCGCCGAGACCUUAAACAUGACGCUGCCCGCCUUCGCAGUAGCGUCUCUUGGCUCCAAUGAGCAGCAAGUUCGUGUCGCCGCGAUCAAGAUCUUGCAGUAUUUGGUACAAGAGAGAGAUUACAAGGAGCAAACACUUUCAGCCAUUCGAGAUUCCUUUGGUGCAGCUGCGUCGUUGUUCAGGACGAUGGCACUGACCAGCCAGGACAAGACGUCGAGGGAGGCAAGAGAGGGGGCUACCUCGAUCAUGGUGGAGCUGGCUGGUGAUCUUCACAUUUCUGGGCUAAUCCCAUGUGCCACACAGUCCAUCUACUCAUUGCUUAAGACUAGCAGCAGGCGGCGUUUGGAUGGCAUGAAAAUCCUCGAACGGCUCUCGACUAAGAAUUGCAACUUGGCAGACAUAUCCAGCUCGGAUGAACUCAUGUCAAAGAUCAUAGAGUUCACGGAGCCCAAGAUCUCUCGUGGUGUAUCAACCAUGGCUGACGAUGGCUUCCAAAUGGCCGAGAGGGCACUCUUAGUGCUGACCAGGCUUGGAGGACAGACUGGUGAACAGGGUUCCAUGAUGAGACAAGUGAUCUUGAGAAAUGUCUUUCUUAUGUCGAACAUCAAAGAGAUGUUGCAAGGUGCUAAUAACAACGACCGGCGUCUUCAGGAGAUGCAGAAGCGAGGUAUGGGAAUAGUGGAUGGUUUUGCUUUGGACAGCGAAUCAAGAAAUCAUGGAGCCAUCAUAAAAAUUCUUACCCUCGUGCUGAAUAUUUUCCGUCAUGGGCCAAACAAUGAAUUCAGACUGGCCGCUGGAAAAACUCUAGCAAGACUAACCACUGAAAGCAGGGUGAAUUGUGAUGCCAUCUUGACUAAGGAAAACUUUCAGGCGCUCCGUGAUACGCUUUUCGAGGUUUCUGAGAGAGCACAUUUAGUAAUUGCAGCAAAUAUCCUGAAAAAUCUGUGUGAAAACUGUGAGGCGCAACACGGCCAACAUGACGCCUUGCUGGGAUUCGUUCAAGAUAACAUGGAGAAGAUACUUGAAGCAAUGUACCAGCUAGGCAGUGGCGAUCUGAUAGGAGAGGACAUGGGGACCUUCCUUGGCCUUAUUUUGCAGCUCAGUAAACUUGUCACUGUGGCAGACUUCAACACGUAUGUAGCAGCCAACGGAAAUGGAGGUGACCGCAGGGAUUUCAUACAGAAACUGAAGUCAAUCCUUGAAAGGGCAAAUGAACAGGAAACAGGUGUACGCGAAAUGCACCCUGGAAUCAGGAGGUUCACCAUUGAACUGGCGAUAUGGAUGGCGCAGACGUGGGAGCAGCCUCAGUUUCACUGGAAGCAGCGUCUCGAGGACUGUGGCAUGCGGAGUGCUCUUGUGGAGGCGGAGCAGACAGCGAGAAGGGCGCCAUGGCGAGAAGAUUGCAAGCUUUCGCCUGGAGGCGUCCCUGUUCUGGAGUACGAACAGUCCCUCCAUUCUCUUGCCUCCAGGGCACUGGAGCUGAUUCGUUAG